AUGUCUCCUUCCGCUUCCCAGUCCGUGGAAUGCACACCCGUCGUUGAAAAGAAACCUCGCAAUGAUGAUUCCUCCGUCGACAAGACUCCUCAAAAUCUCGUCGUGGCCACGGGUGGCUACCCCUUCCCUGGCAUUCCUAGAAUAGACGACCCCUACAAGAAGCGACAAUGGCAGCUUGAGCACAUGGCUGGUGCUUUCAGAGUCUUUGCGAGAAAAGGAUUCACAGAGGGGACGAGUGGACACAUUAGUGUUCGAGAUACUAUUGACCCAGACACCUUUUGGAUCAACCCUAUGGGCAAGCAUUUUGGCAUGUUAAAGGCCAGCGAUAUGGUUCACAUUAAUGAAGGAGGACAGGUUAUCGGAGGAAACAAAGUCGCCAUCAAUGCUGCUGGAUUUGUUAUUCACAGCGCAAUCCAUCGCGCUCGUCCUGAUAUCAACGCCGCAUGCCACAUGCACUCUCCUGCCGGCAAGGCCUGGGCAACAUUUGGCAAGCCUAUCGAUAUCAUCAAUCAAGACUCCUGCAACUUUUACGAGACACAAGCUGUAUACAAUGACUUUGGCGGUGUGGUCCUUGGUGAUGAAGAGGGACAGAGGAUUGUGGAGGCCUUGGGUGACAAAGGUCGUGUCAUGAUUCUUCAGAAUCAUGGUCUGCUGACUACUGGUGGCACUGUUGAUGAGGCUGCCUACCUAUUCACUUGUCUCGAGAGGACUUGUGAGGUUCAGCUCAUGGUAGAAGCCUCUGGACUUCCGAAGAAAUUUAUCAGCGAGAAGGCAGCUAAGUUCACAGCUGAGGCAAAUGCCGAUCCUGAAACACUCUACACUGAGUUCCAGCCUGAUUUUGAGUAUGAGAUUUGGAAGUCUGAAGGAGAGCUGUGUAAAGGGGAGUAG